AUGCUCGCCGCGUCCCUGGGCGAGAUCGCCGCGUGCGCGGUGCGCGUGCCCACCGAGGUGGUCAAGCAGCGCGCGCAGGCGGGCCAGCACGGCGGGUCGUCGCUCGCCUCGCUGGCGCACAUCCUGGCGCAGCACCAGCACCGCAGCGGCGGCGGCGGCGGCGGCGGGGGGCUGGCCGGCGUGUGGCGGGAGCUGUACCGCGGGUGGGGCAUCACCGUGAUGCGCGAGGUGCCCUUCACCGUCAUCCAGUUCCCGCUGUGGGAGGCCAUGAAGGCGUGGGGCCGCCGCCGGCAGCACCUCGACAGGCGGCGCGGCCAGGAGAUCGGCGCGCUCGAGAGCGGGCUCUACGGCAGCGCGGCGGGUGCCGUGGCGGCGGGCAUCACGACGCCAUUGGAUGUGUUGAAGACGAGGGUGAUGCUGAGUGCGCGGCGCGAGAGAGUACUGACUGUUGUCACGAGCAUACUCAGGGAACAUGGCGUCAGGCCAUUCUUUGCAGGCAUAGGACCGCGUGUCAUGUGGAUCAGCGCUGGAGGUGCCAUAUUCUUGGGCAGUUACCAGUGGGCUAUCAAUACCUUACAAGGAGGCGGCCGAAUAUGA